AUGGGCGAUGCGAUACGGAAAGAGUGGCGACGAGACCUCGAACAGUUUGGGAACGCACUGCAAAAUGAUCGGAAGGCGUUCCUACGACGGAUUGAGGAACUUCUCGCACGUCGCUACGGACGGGUCGGCCAAGUUAACGUCGAGAGCUCCGAACCCGACUCAGAAUCAUACGACGGUGACGACUCGAGUGAUGACGAGAAGCAAUCGGCGUCCUUCGAGUCGAUGGCAGCUUUGGGGGAAGGAGUAGCUUGUGAAGUGAACGAGGGGAAGAAGAACGAGCUAACCGUAGCCUCGACUUCCGCAAGUGUAGCGUUCGCUGCUGCUUUGCUAACGGAGUUCCUCCCGGUAAGUUUCGCUACCGUCGUUACCACUGAAGAAGGCUUCACGAGUAAGCCAUUGAUCAACGUGGAGCUGGUUCCAGCGCCGAGAGCAUCGUUCACCACCAUUGGUUUUGUCUCGAUGGAAGCCUUGGGUCAAGGUUUGAGAGGAAGUUCAAGGUUGCAACCGAAGUGCUACUUUCCCAAGAGUUCUUUGCAAACCUGGAUCGCUCUUCUAUGCAUCGAUGGGAAGAGGAUGGUGGUCUGCUUCAAAUGGUGCGAUAAUGGGAUGGAGGUAUCUAAUGAUUUAUUAUUAUUUGAAGUUGGGUCAUGGCAACCAUUAAGUGGCAAUUGGAAGUAUGCCAAAGGACAAGGGGAUGGAGUACGUGGGACCAUAGAAGUAACCAUAUUGCAUGGGGAGCAUGGAAGGGUCGGUUUGGAAGAGGAGUGUCCUAGCUUCUCGUCGUCGAUUGAUGGAGUUGAUUUUGUGGGAGUAAGCCAUCCACUCGCUCUCGAGAUGAGGACCGCGUUUGUAGAGGAUAUCGACGUUGGAAUUGUUCGAGUGCCCGAGCCCAAUUGGAAGUUCCGUAAACGAGGUCGACAUUAA